UGUGCCGCUGUACCCAAUCUCUGUGUAGGAUUUAAUUGUCUUUAGCCGAUGGGGCGGGCCAUAGUGUCAGCUCUAGUCCUUGUAAACUGUGUUGGCAUAAAGGUUCUCAGUACAGAGGAAUGGUGACAGCUGAGGAAGAAGCAGCCUAUACAUAAUCACAGCCAUGAAGGAAAUCAUGGCACAAAAGGAGAAACUCCAAUGUUUGAAGGACUUCCACAAGGACACCCUAAAACCCUCCCCGGGCAAGAGCCCGGGCACACGGCCCGAAGACGAGGCAGAGGGCCGGGCUCCCCAGAGGGAGAAGUGGUCCAGCAAGCUUGACUUUGUCCUGUCGGUGGCUGGCGGCUUUGUGGGUUUAGGGAACGUGUGGCGUUUCCCGUACCUUUGCUAUAAAAAUGGUGGAGGUGCAUUUCUCAUACCCUACUUCAUAUUCUUGUUUGGGGGAGGCCUGCCUGUGUUCUUCUUGGAAGUGGCUCUGGGCCAGUACACCUCUGAGGGAGGGAUCACCUGCUGGGCUAAGAUCUGCCCCAUCUUCACUGGCAUUGGCUACGCCUCCGUUGUGAUCGUCUCUCUCCUCAACAUCUACUACAUCGUGAUCCUGGCCUGGGGACUGUACUACCUGAUCCAGUGCUUCCAGCCGGAGCUCCCCUGGGCCAAGUGCAACCAGCCCUGGAACACACCGCAGUGUGUGGAGGACACGGUCCGCAGGAACAAGACCCUCUGGCUGGCCGCCAACAUUACCAACUUCACUUCCCCGGUCACUGAGUUCUGGGAACGCAAUGUCCUGAGCAUCUCCACUGGAAUCGAGGACGUUGGCCAUCUGAAAUGGGACCUGGCUCUGUGUCUCCUCGCUGUCUGGGUUAUAUGCUUUUUCUGCAUCUGGAAGGGAGUCAAGUCUACUGGAAAAGUGGUGUAUAUAACGGCAACUUUCCCAUUUGUAAUGCUGAUUAUUUUACUGGUGCGAGGGGUGACCCUGCCGGGGGCAUCUGAAGGGAUCAAGUUUUAUCUUUACCCGGACCUUAACCGCCUGCAGGAUCCAGAGGUGUGGAUCGAUGCCGGGACGCAGAUCUUCUUCUCCUACGCCAUUUGUCUGGGAGCCAUGACGUCUCUGGGGAGCUACAACAAAUACAGAUACAACUGCUACAGGGACUGUUUGCUGCUGGGAGGCCUGAACAGCGGUACCAGCUUUGUGUCUGGCUUCGCUAUAUUUUCCGUCCUGGGCUUCAUGGCACAAGAGCAAGGGGUGGACAUUGCCGAUGUGGCAGAGUCAGGUCCCGGUUUGGCCUUCAUCGCCUACCCGAAGGCCGUGUCCAUGAUGCCAAUGCCUACCUUCUGGGCCAUCUUGUUCUUUAUCAUGCUUCUGCUUCUGGGCCUGGACAGUCAGUUUGUUGAAGUGGAAGGACAGAUCACCUCCAUCGUGGAUCUGUAUCCAUCUUUCCUAAGGAAGGGCUACCGCCGGGAGAUCUUCAUUGCGAUCAUGUGUUCCAUAAGCUAUCUUCUCGGACUCGCCAUGGUUACAAACGGUGGCAUGUAUGUGUUUCAACUCUUUGACUACUAUGCAGCCAGCGGUGUGUGCCUUUUGUGGGUUGCAUUCUUCGAAUGCAUCGCUGUAUCCUGGGUUUACGGCGUGGACAACUUCUAUGACGCAAUCGAGGAUAUGAUUGGCUACCGACCAAACUCAUGGAUGAAAUGGAGCUGGUCUGUCAUCACUCCCGUCCUCUGCGCGAGUUGCUUUGUGUUCUCCCUGGCGAAGUACAAGCCUCUGACGUAUAACAAGGUGUACGAGUACCCCGAUUGGUCCAUUGGCUUGGGCUGGUCUUUGGCCCUGACAUCCAUGAUCUGCAUCCCCAUGGUGAUGGUCAUCAAGAUCCUUCAGUCUGAGGGACCUCUGAUCGAGAGAAUCAAAGCAGUGGCGGCGCCCGUGAAAGGAGGGGGCAGCUCCCGGCCCAAGGAGUACAUUGUGAAGGACAGCGAGCUAGUGCAGCCCCUGGACCCCAACGGGAACAAAGGCUUGAUCAAGCCCACCCACACCAUUGUCGAGACGAUGAUGUGAGCGCUCUCUGUGAGAGGAAUACGAUUGACGUGCUUUCUGUGUUUAUAAUAUUGGCUAACUCUUGAUAGUGGUAGGUUUACAUUGUCUGCACUAGGAAUAUUCUGGUUUUUGGUUUUCUUCUACAAGAAAAGAGUAAUAUUCGUUUUCUCUUGAUAUAUUUUUUACCGUUUAUUAUUGUUUGAUGUUACCAUUGUUGUUGCUGUAGUUGGCACUGAUCCCAGAUAAGGCAGUAUUUUCUGAUAGAACAUGUUCUGUUGCUUACUACCGUUUAAAUCUGAGCGUGGGCAGGAUUAUCUCGUCCGCUGCGAAACAUGAAACGACUGACAUUCACCUUCCAAAAAUCCAGUGCGCACCCUGCGUGUUAUUAAGAGUAUAAUCCCGUAGAACAUAUCGAAAACAUCCUCAAAGUUAUUCUGACGGAUUUCUCGCCCAAAGUUGAUGUUCCAUUUUUUUUAAGCUGUUAUUUUGUCUUGAGACGCAAUCUGAAUGUACUGCCGCGAGCCGCAAGGCAAGGAGGAAAGGAGGCAAGGAGGCAAGCCAGAUCACAUCUGUAGGUAGACUUCAUAUUAGAAACGCCCGGGUUGAGUGGUGCUGUGGCGACAUGCAGUGUGCAUAGGACGUGUCCUUAUGAAAUCCUAUUAUUAUUUACCAAAAUACUGAGGUUGAGCACUCACAAGAAAAUCCUUUUUUUAUUGGUGGGAGGGGGGGAUGAAGGUUGAAGGUUAAAUGAACGACGGAAGGAGGGGGGGAAAAAAGGAGCAAGGAAUGCGAAAAGGGAAGAGUACAUUUUUAGGUGGAGUAUUUUAUACGCUGCCAGUGACUUCCAGUCCGUCCCAGUGCAUUUAUUGAAACUUUUUGCACUUUAUGUUUGAAGUUUUAUUUUUAGUUUUGUGUUUUUAUCAUUCAAAAAAGAAAAAACAUUUCAGGAGGUCAUAUUUUAGCGUCUACUAUUCUGAUAGGGAUAAAUUUACAUUUACAUUUAGACUGCUGCAUAUUUACUUUCCAAGUAGAAUAAAAGCAGAAAAUAUCCUUAAAACGAACUUCAGAAUCAAAUAACCGAGUUCACCAUCAUGAAAGGAAGGAAAGGACAAACGGUAAGAACUGUAAAUUCUCUAAAAGUCUACAACGUUCAAAACAAUGUUCUCCGCUGUGUUCAUGUGGCUCCUGGUCGUGCUGUUUAAAUGUGUACCAUGCAAGCAUAUCACUGGAGUGUCUCAUGUCCCAUGUAGGCAAUGGUAUCGUAGAAUUGUAACUUGUAUGUAAAAACACACAUGCCUUUUGUAACCAUUUUAUACUGUGCAUCAUAUAGACUCUGUAACUAAUUACUUUCUGUAACACAUUGACUGAUUGAUUACUGCCAUUUAUAUCCAGCAUUUUUAUUGUAAACCUGGCUGAAAUCAUUUCAUCUGAUUUUUCGGAAUAUUGAAAGCAAUUUGUAUCCUAAACGAUCAGUAUAGCAAUGCUGUUUAUGACUGUAUUCGAUAAUUGUAGGGAAAUUGCCUAUUUAAACAGUAUCCAGCCAAAAUGUUUUAACUUUAAACCAGUGCAUAUUGAGUACUGAGCCACAUUACGUCAUGAGGACUAUCUGAAUAAAUGUGGAAUAAAUGUGCAGCAAAUCAAAUAUAGAAAAUGGCUCCUGCGGGAGCAUAAAAUAAAAUGUACCAAAGUAUGUCUCAUCAUCCCCUUUUUUAAGAUGCAUAUUGCAUUAUUUCUUGAUAGAUUACAAAAAAAUUAAAAUCUUUUCUUUAGA